AGUAAAGCUUUAGGAUGUACGUGUGACGUUAACACGUUGGAGUCGGAAGUGGUAGUGGAGGCGUGGUUGCCGGGGAGACUGAGACUGUGGGAUGGGGAAAGAGCAGGAGUUACUGGAGGCCUCGCGCACCGGGAACCGGGCAGCAGUGGAAAGGCUGCUUGGCGGAAAACGACUCAGCGGUGCAGGGCCGGGCGGAGCCACAUUUGGAGGCGUGGGGCUUACUGGGGGAGUAACUUCUAACCACACUCUGAGCAGCUUGCUUAGCAUAUGGCGUGGUCCCAACGUUAACUGCGUUGACAGCUCAGGCUAUACUCCAUUGCAUCAUUCAUCCCUUAAUGGACACAAGGAUGUUGUAGAAAUUCUCUUGAGAAAUGAGGCUGUUACCAAUAUUGCUGACUGUAAAGGCUGCUUCCCUUUGCACCUUGCAGCCUGGAAAGGAGAUGCUCACAUUGUUCGGCUUCUAAUACACCAUGGCCCAUCGCAUGCCAAAGUCAAUGAGCAGAAUGUCUCAGAGGUGAAAAAGUACGGCCCGUUCCAUCCUUAUGUGAAUGCCAAGAAUAAUGACAAUGAGACGGCUCUGCAUUGUGCUGCACAGUACGGACAUACAGAUGUGGUACGUGUUCUGCUGGAGGAGCUGACAGAUCCAACAAUGAGAAAUAACAAGCUUGAGACUCCACUGGAUUUGGCUGCUCUUUAUGGGCGGUUGGAAGUCGUGAAGCUACUGCUUAAUGCACAUCCUAAUCUAUUGAGCUGCCACACAAGGAAGCACACUCCUUUGCACCUGGCUGCUCGAAAUGGACACAAAGCUGUAGUUAGAGUGUUGCUGGAUGCUUUAAUGGACAUUAAUUACCAGACGGAAAAGGGAAGUGCUUUACACGAAGCUGCUUUAUUUGGGAAGACAGAUGUAGUUCUUAUGCUUCUGAAUUCAGGUAUAGAUGUAAACAUUACAGAUAAUAAGGGGAUGACUGCACUCGAUAUUGUUCAAGAGCUACCGUCACAAAAGAGCAAACAGAUUGCUGCCCUUAUUAAGGAUCACAGCACAGUAAGAAAAGAACAGGAGCAGAUUCCUGUGAUGCAUAUACCUUCUUCCCUCAACACAGAAAUUCAAGGAGGGGGUAUUACUAGAGCCCUUGUGGAUAUUCACUUGGAUCUGGAUAACAUAUGUCAAACGGAAUCUCCAUAUGAAGCUCUCUACAAUGCCUUCUCCUGCCACUCCCUUGACAGCAUCUGCAGUGAACGUUCAUCUGAUAGAGAUUCACUUAGCUUUGAAGCUACAGGAGCACGUCAUAAGGACAAGCCACCCCCUCCAGCAAAACCUCCACCAGAAGAAGAUGAAGAAGUAGAAAUAAGUAGAGUGAGAGGAGGUACUACUGUUAGUGAGACAUUAGGCAGUGCACCAAUUUGUCAGGAAGAAGAGAACCCCUAUGAACUGCUAGUUACAGCAGAAACUAAAAGGCUGGAUAACAGAGGAGAACAACAUCUACAAGAGAUUUGUUGCAUCUCUCAACCUCAGGUCAGAUCUCGUCACACUGCACCUCCUCAAGACCAAAUAAGGACUUUAAACCGCCACGGUUCUUCUGACCUUUCCAGUGGCCAUUCUGAUGGGGAAUCCCAUGUCUCAGAGAAACCUAACAGUGGGCAGAGGCGAAGCAGUUCAGGAGGCUGGAGUUUAGCUUCUGCAGAAAGUAGUGAUUCUCAUAUGCUACAGCACUUUUCAGGUCUUCUUCAUGGUUCCUCACCAAUAUGUGAAACAAAAGACCCCCCACUUGCUUGUGAACCUUCCAGUAUAGACGGCUGCAGGAAUGGUGCUGUUGCCCACAUAGAGCUUCCUCUACGCCGGAGUCUGUCCAAGUCUGACUCAGAUCUUUUAACUUGCUCCCCACCAUCUGGCACUAAUGGAGAUGAUUGGAAUCGCAGUGAAUCUCUCACUAACUGCUCAACUGUGGCAGGCAAAAGAAGUCUUGAAAAAUCGCCCUCCUUUACAUCAGAGUGGGAUGAGCAGCGUUACCUGUGGGCCCCUACAGCCACCCCCAAACAACAUAUUGAUAAGAUAAUGAGCUCAAUAGGACAGGGCAUAGAGUUCUCACAGGAGCAACAAUUUAUAACAGGACCUUCUGUUCCAGAGCAAAGUGUUGCCCACUGGUUAAAAUCUAUUGGGCUUCAGCAAUAUGAUGGCAAACUAGUAUUGAAUGGCUUUGAUGAUGUUCACUUCUUGGCAGAUACAAUGAUGGAUGAUCAAGAUCUCUUAGAUAUUGGGAUCACAGACCUAAAUCACCGACGACAGAUUUUGUGGGCUGCUCAUUCUCUGCCAAAGCCACCUGUACUGUCAGCGGACCUUUCCAUAUCCUCAUGGCUGCGUUCUCUUGCUCUUCAACAGUACGCUCCAAACUUUCUAAGUAGUGGUUACGCUUCAAUGGAAACUCUUCAGAAUUUAUGGGAGCUUGAGAUUGUAAAUGUACUUAAAGUUAAUCUUCUGGGUCACAGAAAGAGGAUAUUAGCCUCAUUGGCUGAGAGGCCAUAUGAAGAUCCUCCACAGAAACCGCCUCGAUUCUCACAUCUCAGGUGUCAAGACAUACUGUCAUGUGGUUCUUCUCUUGUUUUGGGGGACCAGGUUACUUGGUUGGAAAGUGAAAGAAAUUGGACAGCAGUUGCAGAGAAUACAGCAGAACACCAAGCUGUUUUGGUGCCAGCUGUAGAGUGUCAGGACAUACUGUCAUGUGGUUCUUCUCUUCUUUUGGGUGACCAGGUUACUGGUUUUGAAAGUGAAAGAAGUUGGACAGCAGGUGCAGAGAAUACAGCAGAACACCAAGCUAUUUUGGUGCCAGCUGUAGAGGAAGAGCCAAGACUAUCUCUACGCCCACCCAAUGCUACCACUUCAUAUGCCUCUCUGCAAAACUGGCAGCACCAGCCAGAGAAGUUAAUAUUUGAAUUUUGUAGUUAUGAGGCCAGUUAUUUGGGGUCAAUGCUCAUCAGAGAUUUACGGGGAACUGAAUCAACACAAGAUGCUUGUGCCAAGAUGAGGAAAUCUACAGAGCAAAUGAAGAAGAUACCUCGCAUUACCCUUUCAAUCAGCUACAGAGGUGUAAAAUUCAUUGAUGCAUCUAACCAGAAUGUAAUUGCAGAACAUGAAAUCCGGAACAUUUCCUGUGCAGCUCAAGAUCCAGAGGACCUCUGUACUUUUGCCUACAUCACCAAGGACCUACAAACUAGCCACCAUUACUGCCAUGUGUUUGGCACUGCCGAUGUGAACCAGGCAUAUGAGAUUAUUCUUACCCUUGGCCAAGCAUUUGAAGUUGCGUAUCAACUAGCCUUGCAGGCCCAAAAAUCACAGCACCCUGAAGAUAUAGCCAUAAGGCUAUCUAAACCUGUUCCUAAACCUCGGGGCAGUAUUCGUCGACAAACUGUAGAGACACUGGAAGGGGGAGAGCACUCUAUGCCCACUUAUGGAGCAGCGUCCUGGGCAAUGGAUGAAAAGAAGUAAUGAGACCUAAGUGCCAUCUUUCAGGUAGAAGACCGGCUGGGGAGGAAGCUUUAGAGGAAGCAGACCCUGUGUGCAUAUUUCAAAAUGUCUUUCCUUCUCCAACUUUACAUUGAGGAUUCAUUACCAAGGUGUGCACAAACAUCUGCAAAUUCAACGCCCUUCCAGUCCUGCCAUGUGGGAAUCACAGGAACAUCACUGAGCCAAAUGCAGGGAAUAUAGUAACCUACCAAACUCUGACUUUGUACACACUGAACCAGCUUACAAAGACUGAUUUUUUUUGUUUUAUUUUCAGAAGAACCCCUUGCAAAUUAGUUUUGAGGGAGCGAGUGGUGACAUCACACCCCAAGACUAUAUAACACUUGUGGCUUGUCCUGGAAUUGCUUCGGUACUCAUUUUUUUCUCUUUUUUUUCCAAAAGGAUAACAGCAUCAAGACCAACUAUCUUCCAGUUUUAUGUAUCAGUUUUUUUGUGGUGAUAGGUUAAUUUUUGGACAAUUAAAGGUAUUUCAUAUUCCUGUCUGACAUCCUAUCAACACGCUCAUUUAUUGUUAAAUUGUUUGCUCCCCCAAUGAACUGAAAAAAAAAUUGUAUAUGUUUUGUUUGCUUGAUCUGCUUUUAAGGGGAAUGGAGCUCUUACCUCACUAACCCAUAUUCACAGUCUUUUCUGGUAUCCUAUUUCCACAUUGCUACUGCUGUGGUAGAGUUAAAAAGAGAGAAACAUUUGUACGGUGUGUGCAUGUGAAUUUCUACACACACUAUAACUUAAGAAAUAGCUAUCAGUGUCUGCAAAGUAAACCAUGUAUUUUCCCCUUUGGUCAUGGUACGUUUUAAGCCUAAUUUAUUCUUCUUUUUAUUUGACAUUGAAAAUAUAAGUGCAUGCGGUACAUUUUCUGACCUGUAUUCAUUAUUUUCAUGUGAUCAGAUGGGUAGAGAUGAUAGUGCUGUCUUCAGCUGCAUGUACCUGAAACUUAGGUGUUCCAUCCAUGCUGGUUUUUUAAAUAUUCUAAAAGAUAUUCUGUCUUUUCGAUUGCCCAGAAGCAUUUCUGGACACCAAGCUCAUUCUGGCAUUGUAAUACUGUGUGAUUCCCAACACUAACCUGUUUACUCAGUACUAGUUGGAAGCUGCUACAUAUAAUUACAUAUUUAAUCUUCUUUUAA